AACCCCAGAAUAGACGCAUACACAUGCACAUUAGUUAUUAGGCUCAAAGACACACAUGAGCAUCAUUAAAUUAAGACAUUUGAAGAUUGUUUUCUUAACAUUUUAAAAAUGUUUCUUUCUAGCAGCACUGUGGAGAUUUAUUCUCUUGCCUUUAUGCUUAUUUGUUCUGGUAUAUGUUUUAUCCCUCCACUCCUGGCAGAUCGAGGUUACGUAUGGAACAGCGUGAUCAUGGCACACGAGGGUGCGUCCGCCACCCUGUCCUGUUUUGAAUCACCGCCCGCAUCUUCUGUACUGGUUACCUGGAAGGUGAUGCCUGUCGAAGGGGAUCGCUGGUCAUAUCUGUUAUCAGCCAAAUGCAACCAUGGCUGGACAGACGGACACAAGAGCAUUGUGUUUGAAGACAGAACUUUUGAGAUUUCUACAGAUGCCUCGCUCAUCUUCAAGGCCUCAGCACCCGGGCUAUACAACUGUGUGAUAGAACACGGUGACAAAAGGCAACAGGAAAAGACUGUUCUACUCGCUUUGGUUAAAUUGACAGUCACUCCUGCGCCUCCUGUUAUGGUGCACAGAACUUUGAGAUUGACAGCUCAGGUCUCUCCCCCCUCUGUGGACGCUUGGGGGACGUGGGUGUCUCCCUGGGGCGAACGGCUAUACACUGAGAUCACCCGCGCCACAGGCGUACUGCUCAGCAAGCUGCCUCGUGUCACAAGUAGAGACAACGGAGUCUAUACCUGCAGAAUUGGUGUCCAUGGUAACAGUGGCACGUCUGUCUCAGAGCACAGGAUGAAUGUGACAGUGAAUGGAAAGGUGUUUUCUUUUACAGAUUUGACACAUGAAAAACCAAGGUCUAUGGCAAGCAUCUCUCAUUCAUUGGUCACUUUAUCCUGCCCUCCUGUCCUUGGUGACUAUGUGCUGCUCUACUGGGAGUAUCCUGAUUCAACAAAAAUGGAGCUUAUAUUUCAGUUUAACCGCUGGAGGCGGAGCUUGACAAACCGGUCCAUGCCCCACCUUCAUUUGAUAGAGCCCACAACCCUGGCAGCUGCUGGGAACUUCUCCUUCCUGUUAAAGCCAGCCCUGAAGGAUGGAGGACGCUAUUUAUGUGAAGUCUUUCUGGAUGACAAGGCUUUCAGCCAAGACAACAGACUGAGUGUUUUACAUGGUUACACCAAAAGAUCCCCUUCCUCCCUGGAUCUGACGUGUAGUUACUCACAACGUUCCCAGGUGAGGUUGGUGAGGUGGUCACAUGUUCAGAACCCCAGUCGUCCUCUGCAAUCAGCCGGAGUAAUAGGCCGGAUUAAGACCUCUGUGGCUCUCCCCGUGACCCCUGAGACAGCUGGAGAGUAUGCUUGCACUCUGUAUCUGAAGAAUGGAAACUCAGUGCAGUACAUCUACAGCGUGCAGAUGUCAAAUAUAGGUACGACAGUUGUUCCAGGCUCAGCAGUGCCACCUGCAGCAGACAAUGUUUCAACAUCAUCCCGUGUUUCCACCCUCUCAUUGCUCCUAUUUGUAAUACCCAUGAUUGCCAUCGCUGUUGGGGUGUUACUAUGGAGACAGGGCUAUUGCAUCACACGUCGAAGUGUUGAGCAAUCCCUGUCUCGUCACUCUGGAGAGGUGGAGAACAUCUAUGAAAAUCCUGAUGAUCUGAGACAGCAGACAUCUCCCCAAGGCGCAGUCUACAUGGAUCUAAAGCCAACGGGUGAAAUGGACGUAUAUAAAGAAUUAGAUAGAUACGACCAGUGCUGUUCAUGAGUUUUCAAUGGAUAAAAUCACUGCAUAUAAAAUAAAACAACUAUAUGUAUAAAAAUUGA